GAAGUUUACCCGUUUCCAAGGCCGCGGCUCCCUCGCCGCUGGCACCAGUCGGCUGGACUCGGGACGCUGGAAAGCGACUCGGAGGAGCGGGUACCAGCCGCCGGCGGCCGCCGCCUGAGCGACUCGCGGGGAGUAGCAAUCGAGGACGGCGGCCGCCCCUCUAGCUCUCGCGUGUGGAGGAUAAACGGCCGACACGGCCAGCGUGGCGGCCAGCUAAGGGAGGGAGUUAGCGAAGACCAGGACUUGAGUCCCGGCGAAGACACGGAAAGAACCUGUGACGACGGCGGCCACCGCUGUGGGGGCUCUACGGGAAGGUUAAGUGAAGACGCCGGCUUCUCCCGCACUGACUCGAGAAGGGUCAGUGAAGACCUGGGCCAUGUCUCUCGGGAGAGAGUUAGGGGAGAUGGUGGCCGCCGUCACGUCAGUGCCUGGGAGAGCGUAAGGGGAGACCGAGGCUUCAGCAGCAGCGACCCGAAUUUAAGCGAAGUGGGCAGCCGUCAGGCUAGUGAUUGUGAGGGACCGGUCCGAGGAGACCGCGGCCGCUGCUUCAGGGAUCCUUGGGAGGGUGUCCGAGAAGUCCGGGGCUCGCAGCCCAGCGACCCCGGGGAGAGAGGCAGUGGCUACUGCAGCCGCCGCCUCAGUGGCUCUUGGGAGGAAGGGAGCGUCGAUGGCGGCCACAGCCUCAGCACCUCCUGGGAGGGAGUAAGCGAAGACCGCGGCUACGCGGCCAGCGACUCCUCCGGGGUGAGCGGCAGCGUAGACGCCAGCCGCUGCCUCCGGGGCUUCUGGGAUAGAGAAAGUGAAGACGAGGGUUUCCGCUGCGGGGGCUCUUGGGACAGAAGCCGGGAAGACCGCGGCCCGGGUCCUAGCGACGACGAAGGCAGCCGCUGCAGCGGUUCGUGGGUGACAGCGAGUGAAGACCGCCGAAGCAGCAGGGGCCUGGACUCGACUCCUCCCCGGAGCCCGAGGGAUCGCACCAUGCCAGGGGUGUCUGAUUCAGGCCCCUCCACCUUCUCUAGGGAGACUGCAACCCCUUUAGGUGCCCGGAAGAAGGUGCAUUUUGGUAGCAUUCAUGAUGCAGUACGAGCUGGAGAUGUAAAGCAGCUUUCGGAUAUAAUAGAACGAGGAGUCAGCAUUAAUGAAGUUGACAUUCUCCAUAAGUUUAGCCCUUUACAUUGGGCAGCACAUUCUGGAAGUUUGGAGUGUCUUCACUGGCUUCUCUGGCAUGGAGCUGAUACCACACAAGUAACCAUGAGAGGUUGGACAGCAGCUCACAUAGCUGCAAUCAGAGGUCAGGAUGCCUGUAUGCAGGCACUCAUAAUCAAUGGGGCAAAUUUGGCAGCUCAGGAUGAUCGUGGAUGCACUCCUUUACACCUUGCUGCAACACAUGGACAUUCUUUCACUUUACAAAUAAUACUCCGAAGUGGAGUGGAUCCCAGUGUGACUGAUAAGAGAGAAUGGAAACCUGUGCACUAUGCAGCUUUUCACGGGCGGCUUGGCUGUUUGCAACUUCUAGUUAAGUGGGGAUGUGGCAUAGAAGAUGUGGACUACAAUGGAAACCUUCCAGUUCACUUAGCAGCCAUGGAAGGUCACCUUCACUGCUUUAAAUUCCUACUCAGUAGAAUGAACAGUAUAACACAAGCUUUAAAAGCCUUCAAUGAUAAUGGAGAAAAUGUAUUGGAUCUGGCCCAGAGGUUCUUUAAGCAGAACAUUUUGCAGUUUAUCCAAGGGGCUGAGUAUGAACAAAGUGAUCCGAGAGAUCAGGAAACCUUAGCGUUUCCAGGUCAUGUAGCUGCCUUUAAGGGUGAUUUGGAAAUGCUUAAAAAAUUAAUAGAAGAUGGAGUAAUUAACAUUAAUGAACGUGAUAAUAAUGGAUCAACUCUUAUGCAUAAAGCUGCUGGACAAGGCCACAUAGAGUGUUUGCAGUGGAUGAUUAAAAUGGGAGCAGACAGUAAUAUUACCAACAAAGCAGGGGAGAAACCCAGUGAUGUGGCUAAGAGGUUUGCCCAUUUAGCGGCCGUGAAGCUAUUAGAGGGGCUACAGAAGUAUGACAUUGAUGAUAAUGAAAUUGAUGAAAAUGAUAUAAAGUUUUUUUUAAGACAUGGUGUUGAGGGAAGCACUGAUGCCAAGGAUGAUUUAUGUCUCAGUGAGUCGGAUAAGACAGAUGCUAGAAUGAGAGCUUAUAAGAAAAUUGUUGAAUUGAGACACCUGCUGGAUAUUGCUGAGAGCAACUAUAAACACUUGGGAGGGAUAACAGAAGAAGAUCUAAAGCAGAAGAAAGAACAGCUCGAGUCUGAAAAGACUAUCAAGGAGCUGCAGGGCCAGCUGGAGUACGAACGGCUCCGGAGAGAAAAAUUAGAAGGUCAGGUGGAUGAAUAUCGUGCAGAGGUGGAUCAACUCAGGGAGACACUGGAAAAGAUUCAGGUUCCCAACUUUGCUGUGGAAGAUGACUCUUCUUGUGAGUCAAGCAAAGAGAAGAGGCAAAUAAAGAAAAAGGUGUCUUCUGGGGGAGUUUUUGUGAGAAGCUUUAUAAGAAAGCAGUAUAAAAACGAGGCUGACUGGACAGGAUAAAAAACACAUGGCUUUCUUAUUCUUUCUUCUCUUUUCCCCACCUGAUGUUGCUGACCAAAAAACCACCACCGCAUUUCAUUUCAUUUCUGAUUUCAUACCUUCCGUUCUUACCCACUUCCUCCUCGAUGUUGUCAACAUGCAACUGUCUGGGGCAGCUGUCUAGAUCCUGCCUCUCCCUGAAGAUCUGAUUGUUGGCUUUGGGCUUCACUGGCAGCAGCCUUCUCAUUACGCACCAGACUGCCCACCCUCUGGGCCCUGGCAUGUACUUCCUGUGGACGUUUAAAGGCCGUUCUGACAGUGUCAUCAGGACCAGUCUGCCCUGACAUGAAUCAAUUUGAGUGCUAGACCAGUUCAGGCUGGUCAGCGGUCUGUGAGCAAGUUUUUAAAAAAUGCCUUAUUUAUUUUCCUUUUGAUAAUCUUUAUAUGAUUAUUAGUUUCUCUGUCAUUUUCCAUUAAGCCUUCGAUCUGUAAUAAAACGUUUAUUUGGUACAUA